GAAAAUGCCCUACCAGCCCUAUAAAGAGGCUUCCUUCUCUCGGCCUUCUUCACAUCUGUCAAGACUGGGAAGAUGAAGUUCUUUGCUGUGGCUGGAAUGCUGCUGCUUGUGAUUGAAGCAAGUGGCACGCCAAUGCGAAUGGAAGUGCCAUUUGCUAAUAUGACCGGUGUUUUGGAUGACAGCGGAACAUGCCAGUGCUCGGUUUACCUGCCUGAUACAUCAUUUCCUGUACAGAAGGUGGAGAAUCUAGAAAUUCUGGCUCAGGAGCUCUCAGUAAAAUUUGACAGUGAACUUUCAAAAGUUAGCCAGUACACCAAAGCAAUUGCACUAUACGAAGAAAGGAUUCUAAAUUUAACCAUCAGGAUUGAACAGAUGGAGAAGACCAGCGUAUCUUACACGGAGUUGGAUUUCCAAUUAAUCAAACUUGAAAUCAAGGAAAUGGAGAAGCUGGUCACUCAGCUGAAGACGUCACUUACUGGAAGCAAUGUGAUCAUAGACCAGUUGUUUGUAGAGAUUAGGAAUUUGAGUGCCCUGGUGAAUGAAGUGGAACUGUUGGAUAAGAAUAACAUCCUUGCGGUUCGACGAGAAGUUGCAGCUCUGCGGGCUAAAUUGCAGGAGUGCGAAGCGGCUCGAAACCAGAGCGUCAACAUACCCUACUUCCCACCUGGGAACUGCGGUCAUGGCCCAAUUAUGAACAUCAGCCAGCCUUACAUGAUCCAGCUCAACUGGAGAGGAUUUUCUUACAAAUAUGGAGCAUGGGGCAGAUAUUCAUCUCCCCUUAACCCUGGAAAUGAACUUUACUGGGUUGCACCUCUGAAUACUGAUGGAAGAUACCUGGAAUAUUAUCGACUCCACAAUUCCUAUGAUGAUUUAUUGCUCUUCAAAGCUGCCAAGGAAUACCGAAUUCAGUAUGGUCAAGGCAGCGGCACAGUUGUUCAUAAUAAUUAUAUGUAUUACAAUGCACAUUCCUCCAGAAAUAUGGCUAAGUUAAAUUUAAGCACCAAUACGGUGGAGCUGAGCAAAUCGCUUCCAAAUGCUGUUUACAACGAUCGGUUUUCAUAUGCAGGGGUAUCUUGGCAAGACAUGGAUUUUGCUGUAGAUGAGAGUGGGUUGUGGGUUAUUUACUCAACAGAAGCCAGCCGAGGUAACAUUGUCAUUAGCAGACUUAAUGAAACAUCUCUUGAUGUGCUGAACACAUGGGAAACAAAGCAAUACAGGCCUUCGGUCUCCAAUGCUUUUAUUGUAUGUGGAGUGCUCUAUGCUACAAGGCCUGUCAACACUAGGAAGGAAGAAAUCUUCUACACUUUUGACACCAACACUGGAAGAGAAAGGACAAUAAGCAUCACUGUAGAUAAAAUGCUGGAGACCAUUCAGAGCAUCAACUACAGCCCUAUUGAUCGGAAGCUGUAUAUCUACAAUGAUGGUUACCUUAUUCGCCAUAAUUUAUAUUUCGAACCCCUUCCCUUAGCAUAGUUUUCCAGGGAGAUUAAAAACUGUUGGGAUAUUCAAGGACAUAGGGAAGCAAAGAUUUGAUCCAUUUGCAAAUCAUCAUCUAGGAUAGGAAAAAGCAUUUAUUUGGAUCUGGCCACUCCAUUACAAAUAUAAACAAAAUAAAAAAAUGUAAGAGGGUUUCAGGGAGAGUAGAGGGGAUACAAUAAGUUCAUCAGGAGGGAGUUGAAAAAUUUAUGUUUUUUUUACUUGGUGUGUUUUUAAAAGGGGUUACAGUUCUGUUUUCUGAAAAAAAAUGUGAGAAAUUGCACUACUGAAUUUCUGUGCUUCGUUGAGAAAUUUGGCAGUGUGAUGGGCAAGAGGAGGCAGGUUUUUUGAGAGAUUCUUUUGUGAAAAGAGGCUUAGGACUGCUUUUGUAUCACACACAACAGACUUAACCAGUUUCAGACCCAGUGGCUGCAUAACUUUGUUAAUGUUCAUUCCUUGAUUAUGUCUUUUUUAAAUACCAUAAUAUGUUAUGUAAACUCAGCCAGUUUGAUUGCUUUAUGGUUCAAUGUGCUGUGUGAACCCAGAAAAAGGUUAAACCAGGUUAAGCAUGUUGGGUUAACUGUUUAACUCUGAUACAGCAUAUUUUAGGUAAAAGGGACAAUCCAUUUUAGUAGACUUGGGGUCACAUGCUGACAAAGUAAAGUGAACAUGUGCCCAGUUUCAUUUAAAAAGAAGGUGCUUAACUUUGGUACUUGCAUCCAUAGGUGGGUUGGGGAUCAAAAAAGUCAAGAUGGCACCCUGAAGGGGUGGGGUUUUGAUCAUGCUGCCAUGGCAACUAUUUUGACCAGCUGCAGAUGCUGCGGGCUGCGCCUAUUCAGUUGUGCUAGGUCAUUUGCCUGUCUAGAUCUGCUGCCUUUCUGCAACUGGCGUGUAUAUUUGGUAAUAAAUGCAAAGGAAUAUCCCUACAGGUUUUUGGACUGAAUAAAAAUAAAAACAAUGCCUUAAUCUCUUCCACAGGACCUUUCUGUUUUUUUUCCCCCUCCGCCAUCCCAGUAAAUGGAUAUUUUCUUUGCAGGCUUACCAUUCCUUCUCUUAAGGCAAAAACCUGCUUUCUCCAUUUCU